AUGUUGCUGAAACCAGCGACGCCGCUGUCUGUUCUAUUGUUCGCCGCCUUUGCGCUGCUGCUGCUCUCCGUCCUCUCUACCCCGGUGAUCAAGGGCAUCCCGCUGGCCACAUACAACGAUAUCACCUUUGGCGUCUUUGGCUGGUGUCGUAAGGAUAGAUGCAGCGGCUUCACCAUCGGAUACAAGGACGAUGCGAGAGAUGGCGCUUUCGGAGACCCCAGUACUGACGGUGACUUCAAUCUCCCGGCGUCGAUUCGCCAUACGCUGUCGUCUCUCUUGAUUGUCCACCCUAUCGCCGCGUUCCUUACGCUUGUCUGUUUUGGCCUGGCUGCCGCUGCCCACCUCCAUGCUCCCUCUCACUCGCCGCGGUACCUGCUCGGCCUGCUCAUCCUGCUCCUCCCCACGCUGCUGGUCUCGCUGCUGGCCUUCCUUGUCGACAUUCUCCUCUUCGUCCCCCAUCUCAAAUGGGGCGGCUGGGUCGUUCUCGCCGCCACCGUCAUCCUCACCGUCUGCGGCAUCCUCACUUGCGCCAUGCGCCGGACCCUGGUGAGCCGCAAGGCCAGGAAGCGUCGCAUCGCCGAGAACGCUGAGAUGAGCGGCGAGAACUUUUACAAUCGCCAGAACGCCGUCAAGCUGGACCCGCCUGCAACAACCUUGCAUGUAGAGGCCAAGGAGGUCAUCUUCACCCCCAUUCCUACUACAGAGACUGUGUCCUCAUUCGCCCGGUACGAGUCCGACCGUCGACCUCGAGACGACGACAGCAGACGGAUGCGCUCCCGCGCUGCGCCAACUAGCAAUGAACAGUUCUGGGCGCCCAGCGAGUAUGAUGAAGGGCCCCAGGCUCCCGCAAACCAGGAUGGCCCCUACGACCAUUUCCCCCCGCCUCGGAGGGGGCCUUCGAGAAGCCCCAUGCGUGGUAAUAAUAUCCCUGGAUACGCUGGCCGGGGUAGAAGCAACCCUUCAAACAGGAGAGGUGGCAGAGGCGGGAGAGGGCCUCCUUACCGCGACCCUCCUCCUCCCAGCUACCACACCGAAAGGAGUCCUUCGCGGAGACGAGAUUAUCCCGGUCCUUGUGAGCGCGGCCCUUACCCAAACAGACCCCGAUCUGGCCGUGGUAGGCGUGGCGGACCGGGACCGGGCCCUCCGCGCCGUCCGCGCAGAGACGACGAUGCCAUGUAUGGAGGUGUUCCCCAGGCCGCUGGCGGUAUGGGCCAGGAUAUUGAAAUGGAACGCUCGCCAGGGAAUGCUUAUAAUUCGACCAUGACACAGCCGGGGAUCUCCAAUCUUCCCGCAUUCAUACCGACAAGAAAUGACUGGACCAAAAAUGAUCAACCAGUCUUACCUAUUGACGCUCGCGACUCACCGAGUCCACCCGGCGAUACAAACACACAGCCUAGAGACAUGACCCGAUCUCCUCCUCGGGACGCUCACCCUACAAACACAUACUACGAAGACGUAGCAACACACUUUAUCAGCACAUCAAACCCUGAUCCAGCCUUCAUUCCAUCUGCCCUAACCCCCGGCGGCACUGCUCCCGAGCCAACAGAGCCGAACACUUCUGUUGAUGCCGCCAAUGGCCCGCGCUCGCCUGUCAGUGACAUCAGCCACUUCACUUCUGUCUCUCAGCGUGGUAUCAACCCCAAGUGGCAUCCGCCCGAGUGGGACAAUCCACGAGAAAAGGUCCAGAAGCAACGGGAAGCACUGCUAGUCAGUAACCCUGAUUUUCAGCUUGGCGACCCUGUGGGCCGUUCCAACUCUGCAAGACGUGGCGGCAGGAUGCCCCAGGUUCCUGCCAUGCCUCCGAUGCCUCCGAUGCCUGCUAUCCCUUCAAUAUACACUCGCAGCUAA